AUGGUGCCAGUUAUCAGAAAUAGGUCACUACUAGUUCUCACAGGAUCUAGAAAAGUAGUCCUUACCAAAAAGGGUGCACAGCUUAGAAAGCACAUUGAUGCCACCUUGGGUAGUGGAAACCUGAGAGAAGCAGUAAGGCUUCCCCCUGGGGAGGAUUUAAAUGAGUGGCUUGCUGUCAACACCGUCGAUUUCUUCAACCAGGUGAAUCUGCUCUAUGGUACUCUCACAGAGUUCUGUACACCGGAAAACUGCCCUACAAUGACUGCUGGUCCCAAGUAUGAGUACAGAUGGGCAGAUGGCGUACAAAUCAAGAAACCAAUUGAGGUGUCUGCUCCAAAAUAUGUUGAAUAUUUAAUGGAUUGGAUUGAAGUUCAGCUUGAUGACGAGUCCAUAUUUCCUCAAAAGCUUGGUGCACCAUUUCCUGUCAACUUCAAGGAGGUUGUGAAGACAAUAUUCAAACGACUUUUCCGUGUAUAUGCCCACAUAUAUCACUCGCACUUUCAGAAAAUUGUGAGUCUCAAGGAGGAAGCCCAUCUAAAUACAUGCUUCAAGCAUUUCAUACUAUUUACACAUGAAUUUGGGCUAAUUGACAAGAAGGAGCUAGCACCUCUUCAAGAGCUUAUAGAAUCCAUCAUUGUCCCUUAUUGAAUGGAUGCAGUGAGAGAUUUUAGCAACAUGAUAAACAUAGAUGAAUAAUGUUAAUAAAUAAUGAUUUGCUGCUGAUUAUCUUAUUCUAUAAAAUGACUUAUGGGGUAUGUAUCGAUAACUCUUUAAUUGUUUAAAGUUUGGAUGGAAAAGUUUCUUCUAUAAAUCAAGAAAAUUGCAGAAAGACACUAGUUCAGGCUGA